AUCUGUGGGCGUGUCUGCGUGAUGCGAGGGAUAUAUUGCACGGGGCACCUUGCAAGAAACCGGGUGCUGCUCCAUGCCUUGGGGUGUACAGUGUUCCGCUGAAGGACGUGUACCGAAGGCAAUUCACACUGUACGAAGAUAAAUAAAAAACUCGACUAAAAUGCCAGCUCAGAAUAAAGACCAGGGAGGGUGGAAGAAGUUUUUAUGGAAUUCAGAAACGGGGGAGUGUCUUGGGCGCACUGGCAGUAGUUGGGCAAAGAUCAUUUUGUUCUUCAUCGCCUUCUAUGGUUUCUUGGCUGGGAUCUUCAUCGGCACCAUCCAAGCUCUUCUUCUCACCUUGAGUCGGUACAAACCCACCUGGCAAGACAGGAUCAGUCCUCCAGGACUCACCCAUCACCCUCAUUUAGAUAAAGCAGAGUUAAUGUUCAGCAUGAAUGAUGUGGACACAUACAUCAGCUACACAAAGAGUAUGAAAGACUUUCUGGGAUCAUACAGUGAGGAGAUCCAGCGGGACCCUUUUAAAUUUGAAGAUUGUGGAGAGCAAGCCGAUGUCUAUAAGAACAGGGGCGAUCUGGAAAUGGAAAUAGGUAUUAGAAAGGCCUGUCGAUUCUCAAGGUCUUGGCUUGGCUCCUGCUCAGGCAUUGACGACAAGCAUUUUGGUUUCAGUGAGGGGAAACCCUGCCUGAUUGUCAAGCUCAAUAGGAUUGUGAAUUUCAUACCAAAGCCCCUGCAAUCUAAUGACAGUGUCCCAGAUGAAGCCCAGAAUAAAAUCCAGCCCAAUGUGAUUCCCAUAUACUGUACUAAUAAGAAAGAGGAAGAUGCAGGUAAACUUGGAGAGGUGAAAUACUAUGGGUUUGGAGGCGGCUUCCCCCUGCAGUAUUACCCAUACUAUGGUAAACUCCUGCACCCGCACUACCUACAACCUCUGGUCGCAGUUCAGUUUGUUAACUUAACUAUAAACUAUGAGAUUCGUGUCGAAUGCAAAGUGUUUGGCGAGAACAUUGCAUACAGUGAAAAGGACCGCUUCCAGGGACGUUUCGAGGUUAAAAUCAAGGUAAAUAACUUUUGACCUCCGUCACAAGCACAGCAUCUUUCCUUGCUCCCAGUUAUAAGACAAACUAAGGACCAUUUUCUGACCUGAGAUACGCAGGCACCAGACACAGUGUUGCUAUUGGUCUUCCACAGUCUCUCACCAAGGCAAUACACAAGCCUUUGUCAGUAUACAAGUGUCUCACGUCAGAAAGUGGCCUUGGGCAGAGGUUCAAAUGGUUUCAAAAACUAGGGUUAUCUGUGCCUAAUGUUAUCUGUGUGCUCUAAUGCAAGCUUUUCUGCUUCUGUAUACACUUAUAAUGUACAUGCCUGGAGGACUAGCCAUAGCAUAGACUAUGCUAAUAAUGAAAGAAAAUAGUCCAUUAUUAAGGGACAUAUUCUUUUACUGCAAAUUAACAAUUCCACUACAAACGUAGUGAGCUCUGUUUUGUCUGUCUAUUACUGUAUCACCACCUUGUUGUCUUCUUCCAUUUUAACACUGCAUGGUAGUGGUAUAUGUAUAUUGUUCCAAACCAAAGCAGAUGCAAUCCAGCUUUAGUUGUCAACAGUGCAUUUAUGUAUGUAUUCCUAUUCACUGUUAAUAAAGAAGUGUAUUAUUUGUUUUGGGGGGAUAUUGGGAUGUUAGCAUUCCUUUUGAAGGAAUAGUAACAGGUAUACAUUUUACAUGUAUAUUUCUUUUCUUUUUUGAAUUAUGUCAAAAGGAAUAAUGCUUGUUUUUGAUUUGAUGUAGAUAUUGCCUUUGAAUGUAUGUAGAUAUUGCCUUUAAUCUUAAUACUGUCUUCCCUGAGUUAGAAUUACUGGUACUAAAUGUCUUACAUUUAUUUUAAUGUUGUUUUUUGUUUGUUUGUUUGUUUGUUUGUUUGGGUUUUUUGCCUUUGCUCUUACUGAAGACAUAACAUGGUGUGGUGUCAAUCAAAAGAAUGUUUAACUAUUUACAUGAGGAGAUAACAUCUCUACAACUGCACAUUAUUAUUUUUAUAUUAUUAGUAGUAUUAUUAUUAGUAUUAUAUUAUAUAGGUAUAUUAUAUUAUUAUGUUAUUAUAUUAUAUUUUAUAUUAUUAUUUUUGUUAGGGUUUUUUGUGCAAUAAUGAAAAAAACAUUGAAUAUGAAGAUAUUAGAAUUAUCAGAAGCAUUCCAGUGCUCCAUUCUAUAGAAUGUUUUGUAGUUCUGUGCAGUCAAUGUCUACCAUCAGACAUCUGGCAAGUUACACAAAGUCCCUUUAACUCCCAUGCUGAAACUAGUCUUAGCUUGGUUUCCCAAAAACACAGCAUAAAGAUCAUUCUUAGAUGAUAGAACAGCUAUCACUGUAUACUCUCUAGAGUUUAAGAAGAUCUGCAAACUGCUUUUGGGAAACAGGUCCUGGGACAAUUACCUAAAAUAAAAAUAAAA